AUGUCUAAAAAUAGAUCUCUGGGAAAACAGCGCUUAGAUAAAUAUUAUAAUCUAGCUAAAGAAAAGGGAUACAGAGCAAGAUCGGCAUUUAAAUUGCUUCAACUUAAUAAAAAAUACGGCUUUCUUAAAGAUGCUAAAAUUUUAAUAGAUUUAUGUGCGGCACCAGGUGGGUGGCUACAAGUAGCAGCGCAAGAAAUGCCUAGGCCUCGUAAAAUUAUUGGUAUAGAUCUGGACCCUAUUAAAUACAUAGGGGACGUAGAAACUUUUGUCUGUGACAUUACAUCAGAUGAGUGUAGAAAACGGCUGUAUGGGAUGUUAAGUGAUACGGAAUUUAGACAGGCAGAUGUUAUUCUUCAUGAUGGAGCACCUAACGUAGGUACAUCUUGGGAGAAUGAUGCGUUUAACCAAAAUCUUCUUGUUUUCUAUUCAUUACAACUGUCUUCGCUUUUUUUGCGCGAAGGCGGUACAUUUGUAACAAAGAUUUUUCGAUCGAACGAUUACGAUUCACUUAUUAACGUCUUGGGAAAAAUGUUUAGUAAAGUUGAGGCUACUAAACCUUUAAGUUCAAGAUUACAAAGUGCGGAAAUAUUUGUAGUGUGUCUUGGAUUUAGAGGAGUUGAUAAUUACAGUGAUGAUAUUUUAAAUUAUGAAAAUAUUUUUAAGACCAACGAAGACGAUUUUUUAGAUUACAAGUACACCAAAAUUAAAUUUUCCGAAUUUAUAAGAUCAUCUGACAAUGAUAUUCUUAGUAAAAUAACAGAGAUUGAAAAUGAUUUACCAAUUGAGCUUGAUGAAGAAUUUAAAUUUUUGAUUAAAGAUGUAAAAAUUUUAUCGAAAAACGAUGUAAAAAAAAUUUAUCAGAAAAAAAAACAAAUAAUAAAAGAUGUUAAAAGUGGUAAACUAAAACUAAAAGAAUUGGAAUUUUUAACUGAAGACGAAGAAAGUGACUACGAAGAAGAUUUUGAGAUGGUUACUCUUACUCUAGAUGAAAAAAUAAAAGAAAUAGAUAAUGAAUUAAAAAAAUCAAAAAAAGUUAAUAGAAUAGAUAAAGAAGUAUUGUGUGCUGUAGAUACAUUUUAUGAAGAUGAUUUGUUUAAGAAUAUGGUUUUAAAUGAAGAAGAUCAUCCAGUACAAACAAAAGAAAUGGUCUGUGUAGAUGAUAAUAUAGAUAUAGAAAGUUGUUCUGAUUCGUUGGAUGUUAAUGAAGAGGAAAUGUUAUGUAUUGCUCGAUACAAAGAUAAUCCAACUGAGUUUAUAGAAAGUACUGUAGAUAGAUAUUGGACAGAUCCUGAAGAAAAACUACCGAAUUAUCUAAGAGAAGAUCAGUAUGCGAAUGGUAGACCCUGUAAAGCAGAUGAAUGUAAGUUAACAAAAAAAGAAAAGGAAGCACUGUUAAGAAGAAAGACUAGGGCAGAGAGACGAGCAGAGAAAUUUAUGAAGGAUAUGAUAAUAGAAGAAAGUGAUGAAGAGAGGAUCAUUGCUAAAGAAAUAUACAAAAAGGAAUAUCGAAAGACAAGAACCAAACCAAGAAUUGUUUUUCCUAAAAACGGUAGAUGUGGUAUUCCUAGAGGCAAAGGAAGACUUAUACAUUUUGAUAGACGAUUAAAAAAAGACAAGCGAAGCAAAAAAAAUAAAAAAUAA